CGCUCUCUUUUUCCCCUCCUGCACACUCAACAAAACACCACGCUGAGUGGCAAAGGGUGGCGUUGGAAAAGAAAAGCAAUUAAGCAAGCGGCACAUCAGUGAACAAAACAAAGUUCCCGAUUCAGCCACCUAAAUAAUUCACUUAAAACAAACAAACAAACUCAUUACACCGUAAAGAGGGAAAGAAAGCAAACACCUCCGAAGCCUUGAUCUGGACGAGGAAAUAAUUUCUGGAGUAUUUUUAAGUCCGAGCGUCUUGAUGCCUCCGCUUUCCCCCGAGGAGAUGUGAACUGGGAGGGUGCAUCAGUCUCCAUAGAACAGUUGUUUAUGGAGCUGCGGGCCGGGGCCAGCUUAUCAUCCCUGCGCGUCUGGUGCUCCCCAGGCGAUGCCGCCACCGCGGUCGCCGCUGGCCCUGAGACGACGUGGGCUGCUCGGCAGAGGCUGACCUCGGAGAAGGAGGAGGAGGAAGCGGAGCCUGUCCCCCGGCGGCCGGACCCAUUACUAUGGCCGUGUCCUGCUACGCGCUCAACAGCCUAGUGAUUAUGAAGAGCGGCGAAGAAGAGGAGGAGAAGCGCGGCGGCGGCGGCAGGAGCAAGACGCCUCCCCUGACGCGUAGGCAGGUGCUGCCUGGCUUGGUCCGGGGGAGCGAGAGGCACAGCAGCUACUGCCCGCUGCCCAGGCGCAGCGUCGGCUCCAGCAGCAGCAGUAGCAGCAGCCCCAGCAGCAGUAGCAGCGCCGCCGCCGCCGCCGGGUCGGCUUUCCUUUUCCCUUCGGCGGAGCAGCCUGAGGCGGCCGAAGACGCGGCGGGCGCUCGCGGGACCCCUCGACGGCUGAGCAGCCCGAGCUGGGCGAACCGCUUAGGGCAAGGGCCGCAAGCCAGGCCCCCCAGCCGGUCCCCCUCCCCUGGCUCCGCACGGAUCCUCCAGCGGGAGCUGCAGAACGUGCAGGUGACCCAGAAAGUGGGGCUCUUUGAGGCGCAUAUCCAGGCGCAGAGCUCUGGGGCUGCCACCCUCCUUAAAAGCCCCCGUCCGAGUAGGAGGAGGUCCCCUUCACCGAGCCCACCCUGGCUAGCCCAGCUACCGGUCGGCAUCCCAGCCAGGGGGACCAGGAAGCGGGAGGAUGAGGAAGGGAAGAUGAAAGGUCCAGGGAGUCCCUUGUCCCCUUUGGAGACCAAGGGGAGGACAUUGGAGGAGGAGUGGGACCAGGGUGCCACGGACAAGACAGAGGAAAGCAGCCGCUCUCCUGGUGCGCCUGGCACAACAGAGAUGGAAAACGGGCUCUCCAGUACGCAGCGCCCAGAGGAGGUGGAGAUGGGCAGCAGCAGGCUCUCCAGAGUGCAGGAUUCAAAAGAGGUGGAGAAGGGGAGCAGAUCGUCCCAGGCGCCCCUUUCAGAUGAGGCAGAAGAGGAUGUAUUUUCCAAGAGGCACUGUUGGGAUGAGAUGGAGAGGGCAAAGGGAAUAUCCAAGGUGGAGGAUUCGGGAAAGGCAAGAAGGAUGGGGUCUAGCGGGAGGCAGGACUUGGCGGAGAACAAGAGCUCAUCCCUUGAGGGGCAGAACUCCAAAGUGCUGGAUCUGGCAAGUGGGUGCCCGGGAGCUCAGGUGUCAGGAGGGACAGGCAGCGGGAGGCAGCCAAGAGAAGGUGGUGGGAGGCAUUCUGGGGGGCUUGAUGGGGCAGAAAGAUCCUUCAAGGAUCCCGGCUUCUCGGAAGCGCAGCAGGGGAGGAGCAGCUUUGACAGAGGGCAGGGCUCAGAGACUAGGGAGCUGCCUCUUGGAGAGCAGCUCCAGGAGGCAGGCAUCCCACCUUGUCCUGCCAGGACUGAUGAAAAGGAGGACAACAGCAGCAGGAGUCUGUUGGUUUUGGCAGAUUCUCGAAAGAAGCCGCUGCCGUCACCCUCUGAGCCACUUUCCGAACUUAUGGCAGAAGUCACUGGAGAUGGCCUGCAAGGGAAGCAACCUGGUGAGCAGUUGCCACCAUCUACAGAAGCAGGAGAGCAACAGUGGAAAUCCCUGGGAGAAGGGGAGGGCUGCUGUAGAGGAAGCAGCAGCAUCCCUGCAGUCAUCGUUACUGACCUAGGCACUGAGGAGGAGGGAGAGGCAGGAGAGAGCCCCCCCAAAAAUAUGUCCAUCAGAAAACUAUCUUCUUCUUCUGCUUCUUCCACGGGCUUUUCCUCAUCCUGGGAAGAGUCGGAGGAGGACAUUUCCAGCGAUCCAGAGCGAUCCUUGGAUCAAAGUCCAGCCUUUCUGCAGACCCUGGAUAAGCCAAGGGUGAGCAAAUCAUGGCGGAAGAUCAAGAACAUGGUGCACUGGUCCCCUUUUGUUAUGUCCUUCAAGAAGAAAUAUCCUUGGAUCCAACUAGCAGGACAUGCAGGUAGCUUCAAAGCUGCAGCUAAUGGGCGGAUAUUGAAGAAGCACUGUGAGUCUGAACAGCGCUGCUUGAACCGUCUGAUGGAUGAUGUCCUUAGGCCUUAUGUCCCUGCCUACCAUGGGGACAUAGUGAAGGAUGGGGAGCGAUACAAUCAGAUGGAAGAUCUGCUCGCUGACUUUGACUCUCCUUGUGUGAUGGACUGCAAGAUGGGAGUUAGAACUUACUUGGAGGAGGAACUAACGAAGGCCAGAAAGAAACCAAGUUUACGGAAGGAUAUGUAUCAAAAAAUGAUCGAAGUAGAUCCUGAGGCUCCAACUGAAGAGGAGAAUGCUCAACAUGCAGUAACCAAGCCCCGAUACAUGCAGUGGAGGGAAACCAUAAGUUCCACAGCAACUCUAGGGUUCAGAAUUGAAGGAAUAAAGAAAGAAGAUGGCUCUGUGAACAGGGAUUUUAAGAAGACCAGGACAAAAGAACAGGUCAUGGAAGCCUUCAGAGAAUUUACCAAAGGAAACUGUAAUAUUCUGAAUAGUUACCUUAACCGGUUGAAGGGGAUACGUGCCACUUUGGAAACAUCACCAUUCUUUAAGUGCCAUGAGGUUAUUGGGAGUUCCCUCCUCUUCAUUCAUGACAAGAGGGAACAAGCCAAAGUGUGGAUGAUAGAUUUUGGGAAAACCACGCCACUUCCAGAAGGACAAGUCCUCCAGCACAGUGUGCCCUGGGUAGAAGGGAACAGGGAGGACGGCUACCUCUGGGGACUGGACAACCUCAUUGAGAUCCUAACAGAGCUGGCUCAGAGUGAAGACUUGCAUUAAAGCCAAAAGUUCAACUCUACCACUACCCAGGACCCUGCCCGUCAAACUGACUUUCUGAACUGCACUACGAGACACUUUCCCCCCCACCUUCUCCUUUCCAGUCUUAAAGUUAGAAACGCUUCUAUUCAAGGUGUAAAUACAUUAGUUCCAUGCCAGAAUGAAUGCUGAACAUGAAACUUUAACUUGGGGGAUGGAAACAGAUAGCAAAUACUUACCCCUUCAGGUUUUGCAUUUAGGGACUCCAGCAGGACUUGCAUAACUUCCCCACAGUAGACUAUCUGGCUCCUGUCCCACAUGUAUUUUAAUACAGAAAGCCUUUUAAUGUAAGGAUUUAUACAGCUCCCGUACUCCUCAGCUGAAUGAAGAUGGUGCCCUAAUCACAUCAUAAUUUUAUCAAGCUACCAGGUCCAUUUUGAAGGAUAGAUGCAUUUGUAGUUAUUUGCUGCCCUCAUGUGUCCAAAGCUGGGAUAUUAUUUGGACCACUGAUGUUAAAGCAGUAUCUUCAAAUUGCAUUUUAUGUGUGGAUCACAGGAGCUCUUUCUUUGUGAAAAGCUCCUAAAUACAUAAGACUUUUGAGUCCAGAUCUUAAGAGGAAAAAAUUCACGAGAAAGGCAGAUAGUGUUGCUGAAUGCCAGCAAUGUACUAUUGUAUUUACUAACCUCCUUAAACCUAGAAAGCUGGCUGUAAGAACCUUUAGAAAUAAUGUCAGGUCAGUAUAUAUUCAGACGUUUCUAGUCAGCUUGUAACUAUUAGACAGUAUUUGCGUGACUGUGUGGAUUGUAAAGCUGCUUCCAUGGUUCACAUUUAACUUGGUGCAUCCAUGUAAUUGCUGAGGUGGAUUUGGCUGGGGGGGGGCAAGAUCUUGUGCUCUAAACUUCCAUUGCUUGGGAGCAGUCUAGGAGUGUGUCGGUGGAGAGGGCUGAUGUGGAGCGGGGAGGGCUGUAUCCAUCGUCAUUUAGAUACCUCUGUUAGCAUGGCACGCUUUUGAAGGAACUGUCGGCCAUUUCUCAGGUGCCCUUUUGCAAAAACAUUCCAGUUUUUUACAUCUCCGAGUGGUGUUAACUAGUCCUAAAAAAGAGCACUCAUCUUUGCAAGCAGAAUUCUAGAAUGAUGAAAUAUACAUACCUUUCAUACAUCUGAAAGAAACAUGGAAGGGAAAGGAGCUGUGAUCUCCUUUGGUAAUGCGGCACUGAUUUAAGGCUCUCCUUUCAGUUCCACGAAUGUAACUGUAAUCUGUCUGUUUGGCUUUUUCAUGGCCCAGCCAGGCGUGUCUUUCCCCAACAUUCCUAGAUUGUUUCAAACAUCAGGCACGCACGGCCCCAGUUUGGAUUAGGACUGUGCGACAAGGUGAGAGAGAGGCCUUAAGCCUUUCGCGGGGAACUGCCGUUUCCACGCACCAGUUUCCCUAACAAGGCAAGUUCCUCUAGCAACUCUCCAAGGCCAUGUCAGGUCAGGAAAAUGGCAUGGGGGGUGUUAACCCCCACCCUCACCUCGUGCCGCAGUCCCAAUACAAACUAGGCCCACGUGUGCCUGAUAAUUAUGUGUUUAAUGCUGCGGGAAGCUUACUGAAAUGGGCACAUCUGAUUUGGCCCUAAGUUUGGCCACACACAUGAAUGACAUCUAUGCCGCUUGUAGUCUUGUAAAAACAUUUGCCUCUUUAGCUGAGGAUGGAAGCUAUUUUAUAACUUCCUGGAACAUUUGAACUAAGCAGAUUACUUGCAUCAGAACCGGCUUGCUAAAAGGUCAACAGCCGACAGAACCGUAGAGAAGGGAGAGGCUCCUGAUGUAUUUGAAUUUCUCUAGGAAAGUGAGCACUGCAGAAACCCUGCAGGGGAGCGGGCUGUGGUGAGCUUAGCCUACAAAUCAUCCUGAACUGGUCUUCUUACUGGCUCCAGUUCUGACAGCUUUAAACUUUUUGUCAGUUCAUGAUACCUACCAUAUACCUCUAAAACAUGCUGUUACUAAUCUUCCUAGCAGUGAUGCUGUCCUUGCAACGGGAUGGCCAUAGCUUCUGCCCUUGCAGCAAGAGUCUUUUUUGCCGGGGGUGGGUGGGAGAUGUCAUUGGCCCCUAGCGGGCAUGCAGUCCCUGCUCAAGCCCUGCACAGAGACUCAGCCCUCCUGGGAGUUCCUCUGUUCGUAUCUUGCUGAGCACAUGUCUGUUAUUCUUCAGUGCUGUUGUAAAUAGCUGCUCCGUUCAGCUGCUUUUCCCCUUCAGGCUUCCUAUGCUGUUUAAUAAUAGCCUCUGUGGAAGUGCCUUAUGGACUAGUCUCGGUUCCAUUAGUGUCAUGGAAAAGUGUGUUUUUUUUAAGUUCUAUUUAUUGUCAUUCUUUUUUUAAGUUGCAUAGAACACUAAGUCUUAAUGCAUG